CGGCAAGUCUUCAAUCUCAAAACCACAGUCCCCUCACAAUGCAUCUUUCCACGCUGUUUCUCACGUUUCUAAGCCUCUCACCCACCCUCUCCCAACCAACAUCACCCAUAUCCGUCACCCAACUCUUCAACUUCAGCACCUCCACCGACAUUGAAAAUGGCGCCAUCGACCCUGUCACCAACACUAUGCUCAUUACCACCUUCACCGACGCCCGUCUCUACGCCCUCGACCUCAAUGACCCUUACCCCACCGCCAACCUCUUGACCUCCUUCUACCCCAACGCCACCGCCAUCACUGGCAUAGCCCCCAUCGGCCACGGCAAGUACGCCAUCACCGGUGGUGUCCGUGGCUCCUAUCACUACUACAAUGAAACCAUCUACACCAUCGACUUUGGUGCCUUCGCAGCUAACAUCACUGCUUCCCCGGUCACCAAAGCAGUGGCGCAUCUUCCACAGGCAAUCAUGCUGAAUGGUCUUGCUUCCCUCCCACGCCGUCCCACCACUGUCUUAGCAGCGGAUUCCCGUGUGGGGUGUAUAUUCCGCAUCGACACGCUGACCGGAACCUCGGACAUCGUUGUCCAGAGCGACGCAUUGUCGGCUCCGGCGAAUGGGUCAUCAGAGAUCGGGAUCAAUGGACUGAAGACGCACGGGGAGUAUGCGUACUAUACUAAUACUGCGCUGAAAACUUUUGGAAGAGUAAAGAUUACCCAUGAUGGUAUUGCGGUGCCUGGGAAAAAUGGCAAGGUUGAAGCCGAGGUUCUUGCCACGUUGGACUCCGGGUUGGAGAGAUAUCAGUGGGAUGACUUCGAUUUUGAUGAAGAGGGAACGGUCUAUGUGGCUAUGGGAGGUCCGAAUGGGAGUGCGAUUGGCACAAUUAGUCCUGAUGGUGAUGUCGAGGUGUUGUUUACAAAGGUGGUUCGUGGGCCCACUUCGGUGCAUGUUGUUGAAAAGGAGGGGAUGAGGAAGAAGUUGUAUAUCACUACGAAUAGUGGCGGGGGGCAGGUUGUGGAGGCGGUGCUCUGAUGGAGGCCGUUAUAUACAGUGCCAAUUAGAGUGGAUUAGCUUUGUGGUGGAUUAUGAAUGUAUGGGAUAGGAAAUAAGGGAGUGGAUUGGGUCUCGGUUUUCUGGUUGAGGACUGGGUUAGUUCUUUCCCGCAUUCACUGGCUUGUACUUUAACCUAGGUGAUUGGACGGGCCGGUUGCUCUCCGGGAAAUUACCUCGAUCAAGAUUUUAGAGUAGUUAUUGAAAGCCGUCUCGAGCAAAGACAUUGCAUUUGUACCAAGAUGGUUACCGGGCUAGGAUUCAACCGGUAAACGCCAUAUAAACAAUUGCUUGAAAUCAAAGCGAG